AUGACAAGGCUCCGCGGAGGUUCCAUCGACGACCCAGACAUCGCGCGAUCCCCCGGCGGGCGAACUGACAGUUAUCGGUCAAAGCUUCCACCAAACGCACCGGAUGCGCUCGCACAGAAUACUACUGAGGUAUCCGACCCCUCAAAAGUAUUACCACAGUAUCGCGAUGAUCGAAGGCGAAAAUUCAACGGCUUAGUGCGCAGGUACAAAGCUCAACUGCUUCACGGCUGCGACGAUCCAGGAUGUCGAACCUCCACAUGUGCCAGUCAUCGCCGAAGACUCAGUGAAGGUCCAUAUCGUCGAUACACGGAACUAAGUGCCAGGACUCUGGCAUGCUACCUCGCCAGCUUGGACGACCCGGAGACCGGUUUAUGCCUGAACGUGCCUAAGCCUCCACCACAAUUGACAGCAGAAGAUUACCAUCGGAUUUCCCUGCGCCGAACCCGCACACUUGAAGCACAGACCGCCGCCGCCAACAGUACGAUGAAUACCACCCAGCCGGCGACGCUUCCAGGCCUUCGCAAAAUAGAUCAGCUGUGCCUGAGAGUGAAAGAAGGGGGUUCUUCGUCCCAAACUCGUACUGGUAGCAGCUAUAUUCGGGAUCUCGACCAUACUGCGGAGCAACAACUAAAAGACCCCAAGUCUUUUACCCAGAACCUCUUUGAUACAAUCUCACUCCGUAUGGUCGAAUGGCUUCCCCUUCGCCGUGCUCCAGAUACGUUGGAGCCAAAGUCCGAAGCAUCUGCACCGGGGGCCGCAAACCAUCCGUCUACUGCUGAGAAGCACCACUGCCAUGCCGAUAAAGCUCCAGGCAGAGAUCUCAAAAUUCCAGGAGGUCCCACACUUGUAAAUCAGCCUGGCUCUCAACCUCGUACCCCUUCAUCUCGAACAUCAGGAUCUCAAACGCCCGCGGUCGAGCUCAAGUUUCAGAACCAACAUGUCAAACGACUAUCAGUCUCCGAGGUUGACCAUUGGCGCCAGAGUCCACGUUCAAGCCUUGACGAUAAAAGGAAACCUGAGUUUAACAAGAAGCUCCCAGUGGCUACCUCUGAUGAGUUUGUUAGCUUACCCUCACCACCAGCGUUAAAGCACCGUCCGCAAAAGCACCGCGGAAGAAUUGGCGACGUCGAUUCAGUUCCUCUGAAGGAAAACCGGAAAAACCCACGACGUGUCUCCUGGGAUAGCCAGAAGCUGCUGGAUGAGAUAUCUCCUAUCAAUAGUAAGAGGGGCAGGGAGCCCAUGCCUCCUCUUCGCCCUCUCCCUCCUUCGGUUACCCACUCGCCCAGUGAGCGCAAAACAAAGCAAGCUCCUGUUCAAAACUUGCCAGACACGAUUCCGCUCGCUCAGACGGUCACUCAUCUUACCCCCGAGAUCAUCGAUGGUCUGUCACAGGUCAUGAUUGGAUCUGCGGAAGAUGCUGAUUGCUGGGAGGAAGAACUUGAUCGUAUCCAGUGUGCCGGCAGCUUUGAGCAGCCGGAUUGGCGUUUUGCAACUAUGCGUCAGCGCGAAGUAUUUCCGUUCGUCGCUCAAAGUGCAUUCUUCGUGUUUAGCAGCCCCAGUCAGAUUCUGCGCUCCUUUAGUAGCGAGUCAACAGAUAUUACCGGGGCUCCAUUCAGUCGCCUGGAUCCUAUGGAGCUCUCUGGACAAGCUCUUUGUUCCCCGCGGGGAUUUACCUCUUCUGGACGGCCAUCCCGCCGAUCAUCUCGCAGUUCGACCAUGACAGGACCUGCGGCCCCUCCGGUCGUCCCCCGACGUGUCUCUGAAUCUGCCAGUGAAGAUUAUCUGUCGGAUCCCGAUGCCGCCUACAUUGCUACGAUUGCCUUGUUCGCUUUGGUCAGCUUUGUACCUAAAAUUGACCUGGGGACUUGGAAAGCAGUGGUUCGUAUGCGUGCCGCUGGGUCUGUAGCUUCGCUGUCGGACAUGCACAAGCUGCCUUCGAAGAAUGCGCAGCAAGCUAUCGAGGUGACGGACAGGUUCGAGCAUGAGUUAGGUCUCCGCCUCAUUAAUCGCCUUGUGCGGGCUCUCACUGCACGACUGGCGUACCAUGAAAUCUCUAAGGCUCGCCAAGUGUACAGCCUAGACGUACUAAAACAACGAAGAGUCAACGUGCUGGACCGCGUGGUUGACUAUCUUAGUGAGCACCACAUCUCUCAUGCCGCUGGCAGCGAUGAGCCUGCUGGGUCCAUUAGCCCAGCCUCCCUCAUCGUUGAGUGGCUUAGGACUCUUUUCCUGCGUGAAUGGGACGGUAACCCUGAGAUGGCUCGUAGCAGCCCAGCCGGUGGUGCCAUUCAGAUUCUAGCCUCAAUGUACAAGGAACGGACUAGGUUGGGUCUUUUGCCCGAAGACUUCCAUACACCUCUUCUCACGGAGCGGCUAGAUCCAUUGGAUAUGCCCGUGGCAUGGGUUGGAGGCAUCCCAAACAACCGAACCAUGCAUCUCCUAUCAUAUCCCUUCCUUUUCCUCCGUCCUCUCUCGUGA